UCAGUUAAUGUCUUUGUAUCUCUCUGUUCUAGUUUGAAGGAGUUCAGAUGGAGUUAAAAGAUUAUUGGUGAUAGUUACAAGUUUAAAGGAGUUCAGACGGAGUUAAACAUUACUGGAGAUAAAGUUACCAGAACAUCUACGGUCCUACGAGCUGUCGACUGCAAAUACAAGCCUGUCAAUCCACCUUCAGUCUGAGUUGAAUGAUACAGCCCCCCUCUCAGCAUACAAGGUAGACGGAUCGCUGCUGCUGACCCCCAAGAGGUUCAUUCAAGUGAGAGGGAACUGAGUUCAGCACAAUGGCAGCUGCAUCUCCACAACCAAUGAUCCUUCGUGUUGUUGAUCCAGACCAGGCUAGAAAACUAAAACUCAGCUCAAGACCAGCCUCUGUUGAUGCACUGAUCAAGAUUAUAAAAGAACAAUUGGAAAUUGACCUCCACUUUGAUUUGCUGUAUGAAGAUCCAGACUUUGACGGGAAGCUUACUUCCCUUACAGACAUUCAGGAUUUGCCACAAAAAGCUAUUGUCCACAUCGCAGUUUCAGAGGACUCCAGCUCUAUUGCAUCUACUAUUCUGCUUUCAGAUGUGUCAUCUCCAGAGCGUCUCUGCAGAUGGCCUCCUGGUCCUUUUCCAGUUCCCACAUUUGCAUUUGAUGUUGAGCUGAAACUUCGAGAUGGAAAUGCAGAAUAUGAGAAGAGCAACACACACCUUAAGUUGACAAGAGACCUUAAGCACGACAUUUUGGAAAACCUUGCAUCGACUAUAUAUGGUUUUAAGGCUUACCCAAGUGAUAAAGAGAUUGCAAUGGCUGCUGAGGCUCUUGUAGCCAAACAUCCCUGUUUGAAGGAAGCUGGAUCUGAAACUGGCUGGAAUGGGUGGAAAAAUAGCAUCAAGUUUAAGAUGGGCAAUUUCCGAAGCAAGAUGAGACGGGCUGGUUGUCAGGAGGUUAGCGUUAAUGCCGGAAAAAGAAGCAGAAGUAAUCCUGAAAAUGAACCUUCACAUUCCAACAUUAAAAGACCCAAGCGAGCUGAGAUCAACUUCCUCAUUCUCGUCAUUGAAGGUGAUGUUGUGGUCAGCCUCCCCAGACUUGGUGAAGCCUUCCUGGUAGUCUUUGGACUGGCCUAUGCACUACACCUCAGUUAUCCCAAAGCUCUGACCAGCACUUUUGAAUUCACUCAGAAAAUUUUACUUGGUCUAGAAGGUAGUAAACUGUCACCCAGGUUGCAAACCAUUAAGAAUGACUUGAUGAUGUAAGGAAACCAUGACCAUUAACUAAACCUAUGCUUUUCUUUAUCGUUUAUGAUCUUAUCAAAAUAAAAUGUUAAAUUUUGUGCCUUA